GCACCAUUUCCAGUUCUUCAGUUCUCCAGUAUUACCCGCGAUGUACUGACGCUUGCUUUUAUUCGGAUAAUUUCAAGAUUUAUAUCGGAUGAAGUAAUACGUGCAAGUGUGUAAAAUAACUUUCGUGUUUUUUUUUCAAGGUAGCCUGCUUACUUACUUAUCUGUAUUUUAACUUAUAGAAUACGAAAUUUACGUGAAUAGUCGUACCUAUCUACGAUUUGAUUAUGACCAGUUUCAUACAUUGUGGUUUUUUUUUUGCGAUUUUGAAUAUCUACAGUGGUCAGAGAACGCAUGAAAUUUAUCGAUCGGCACUAUUUGCAAGACCAGAAACUAUUCAAAGAGCCGAUGAAUUGUACAAAAAAGUUUCUCAGAACGUGACAACUCCAAUGGAUAAAACAGUCGAACAUAUCCUGCAAUGGCUUCAAUCCAGAUUUGACCAAAAAAGUCGGAACGCUCGGGAGGAAGAUUCAAAUACGUUGAAAGAUUAUAAUAAAAAUCCCAAUUACACGCUGAAACCGCAGCCAUUUACAUUAACAAAAUCAUAUUAUGAAAAUUCCAAUGAUGGUUAUCCGAUCUAUGAAACACAUCCGACACCUUCAUUUUAUCCUUACAACCAAAAUCAAAAUCAGUUCCAAACCACAGUCACCUCAGAGUCCCCUAAUAAUUUGUUGAAUACUUCUGAUCCUCAAUUUUCUUAUUCGUCUCCAGAAAAUAAUACUGAUGUUACUGCAGUUAAUAAUGUAAUCAACAACUAUCCCACAUAUACCGGAUCAAUAGUGGAUGAAUUAACAACUGUUGCGUCUGUAUUGAAUGAUUCAUUUUUGAAACAGGAAGACAAUUAUUCCUCUAACGAACUCGAGCUGUCAAUGGUUAAUCAUCCGCCUCAUGUACAUUCUGUGGACGUGCAAUGCUCUAAAGAUAAAAUGGUUAUCAAUUUAGAAUUUAACGACAUUUUUAAUGGAAUCAUUUAUUCAAAAGGAUAUUACAACGAUCCAAACUGCCAUUACGUCACAAAGAAUUCUGGUCAGAGAAAAUAUUCUUUUAUUGUACAGUUGAACUCUUGCGGUACUCAGUUUGUGGACGAAUUUUAUAAAGGAAAGCAAGCAUUUUUGGAGAAUGUGUUAGUUCUACAAAACGAACCUGGAAUACAAGAGGUGUGGGACGUGAUUAGAAGCGUUAGAUGUUUGUGGGAAGGAAACAUUAAGCAAACACUGUCCGCGGGAUUGAAUGUUGAGACAUUGAAUCAAGAUAUUCUAACUUUCAGCGGUGAUAUGAUUGCAGCGAGGCUUGAAAUACAGGUGGGGAAAGGUCCGAAUGCGCCUGCCGCCAACGGUUUAGUUAAGAUUGGAGAAACAAUGACUCUUGUUGUAACAGUGGAUGGUGAUUCUGCAUUUGAUAUUUUAGUAAGAAGUUGUACGGCGACGGAUGGAAAUCCAAAUUCUGGAAAUUUUAUUGAAUUAACGGAUGAUCAAGGAUGUAUUUUGAAACCGAAACUAUUUGGAAAUUUUCAAAUGUUGAAGAACUCUGAUACAAAUAAACCAAGUGUUGUAGCAUUUGCUAAUUUUCAGGCAUUCAAGUUCCCAGAUGUUAUGGACUUAUUAAUCGAAUGCAAUGUUGAAUUAUGUAAAAGCCAGUGCCAAAGUUGUUCACAACAGAGUGAAGAGCCUGUUCGUCAGAAAAGAUUGGUGAAUGAUGGUAAUUUAUAUGUGAUGAAUACCACAAAGUUUCUUAGCGAAAAACUACACGUAUUCAGUCCUGACGACAUAAAAUUUGUGACAUCCAGUUUGAGCAAUAAUUUUAAUGAAGGUGAUCAAGUUUGCUUUUCAACGACAACGCUGUAUCUUCAAAAUACUAUUACCAUAAUGUUUUUCUUUACCAGCUGUGUUAUUAUCAUUUGUUUUUGGUUGAAGCUGAAAAAAUUGACUGAGAAAACAAUUUUCUAUUGAAGCAAAGCGCUAACUUUGUUUGUGUGAUGUGUGAUAUGUAUAACAACCGUAGGCAUACGCUCUGUUCAUUAGUUUGGACUUCUGUUACUCAUGAGUAGUACGUGCGUGAUUGAUAAUUGUUAAUUCAGUUUUGUAGAUCUCAAAAAGUUGAUUGUAAUCUAGAAUAUUAUGCGUGUAAGUUAACCCUGCGUUACUCGCAUCAUGAAGGAGAAGCUGCGGGUAAGUCGCAUCACUGAGGAAAUCUCCGGGUCAUACUCAUGGGGACUCGGAACUUUGUUCAGGGGCGUGGAAAUUUGUUAGCGGCACGAUCCCGAGGUUUACUCCAGGAUGCGAGUGGGUUGGUGAAAAUUGAACGUUUUAAAUUGCACGCGCGAAAUUUCACGUUUACAAUAGUUGAACGUGUACGAUAAUUCAACAUAUCUACGAAAGUUGAAAAUAUCAAGUAUUUUACCGCAUUUCAAUUCGGUUCCUGUUUUCAUGCUCCUCAUCCUGUUUUAUCUUAGAUUCGGCUACUCAAAUGCGAGUUGUGCACUGUGCAGUUGUAAAUUUUUUCAUUUUUCAUAGCAAAUUUUGAGAUACCUACCAAUCGAAAAUUUGCCAAAAAAUCAAAAAAUGAACAUCUGCUCAAAAUUUGAUUCGGCGACGUGGAUGAUGAAUUUUUUCAGUGAGCCAAAUUUCCGAUCAAUCAAAAAAUGAUCAAGUUGCAAAAAAUUAAAAAAAAUAGGUGAUAAAUUUGCGACUUUUUAAAGAAAUUUUUUGAAAAAAACAAACCAAUUCGAAUACUUGUAACUAUGACAUGACUGAGUAUUUCAUAUGUACCAAUCCUGUCAACUCAAAAACAACCAACAUUUGGGAAGUUGUGUAGCAUCCAGCGAGGUUUUAUUUUUACUUAAUAAUUUCAAUGAUCUCUGGAAGACCAGAAAUCAGGUUUGGAAAAUGUAACUUCGGUUAGAUGAAUGCCUACUGAGGACCUUCUGGGCUGUUUAUAUAGCCCACUAUUGUGAAAUUUCAGGCAUGUCUUUUGAAAAAUGAAUUAUUUGAUUGAUAAUUUUAUUGAUCUACCUACCUACUUGUGUAUUACUUAUUGUGCAAAAAUUCACUUUUCAACGAAUGUGCAUUACAUGGAAUGAUCUAGCGGAUUUUCAAAUCAUUGUAAAAGUGCAAUAUUUCGCGCGUGCAAUUUCGAACGUAUCUACCUACCUACAAUGCCAUGUCAAACGUGCAAUUUUCCUGUUCCCCAGGCGAGUAAAAAUUGAUGAGAGUAGUACAGGGUUAAAAAACCUAUAAGUACAUAUGUACAUGUUAUAGUAAUAGUAAAUACAAGAUUUCCGAUUUUGAACACGCUAAUAAAGGAACAUCAUUGUUGAAUGAUCAAUGAGUGUAAGUGCUCAGUACUGUAUUAUUAUUAUACCCUCCUUAUUAGAUAACGUUAAUUGUUAAACAGAAACCGAUUCAAAAGGAUGUUCUUUGCGUAUUUUCCCUACCUAUUCUUGGAAUACAUGAUUAUGAACACUACCGUUUCAA